AUGUCUGGUAGAAGCAGGGUCAAUUUGAAAAAUACCAACAAUGGUAAAAGAUUGCGGAAUAGUCAUAGAAACAAAAAUCGUACAGCUGAUACAGCCACCGCCAACAUUCUUCCAGGCUCGACCUCAUUAUUUGAUAGAUUAGGCGUAAAGGACCCAAAGGAAGGAAUUUCCUUAUCAACCUUUAAGGGAAAGCUAUUACCAAGUAAUGAUAUUGGGUUACAAUUGAGAGCUACUGAAAUUAAAAAUAGAAGCAAUAAAAAAAAAUUUCAGUCAAAAAGACUUGAAAAUAGCAGCAAUCCAAGAAAUUUAAAGAAAACGAAUAAUAAAAAAUUUGGCAACAAUAGAAAAAAUAACGAGGGUAGCAACAAUAAUUCCAAAAGAAUCUUUUUUCAACGUAAUGAUCCUAAAAAACUUGUUGGAUUUAAUUUAAGGAAUGGCAAUCCAGGUGUGUCUGUCACUUCUAAAAACAAUGUAAGUUAUAACACUAGUCGUUUAAUCAUUAAUACUGGUCCUUCAACUAAGACUUCAAUAAUAAAACUUCAAAAUUUACCUUUGGGAAUUCGUAGAGAUGAAUUAAAAAGUUCUAUAGAACAGAAUAUAGGCAUACCUAUUGUGAACAUCAUUUUGACAGAUAUGCCUACUGGAUCUGCUACUUGUGAAAUUCAAUUUGGUCCAAAUUUAACUAUUGAUAAUAUGCAUAAUAUUAGAGAGAAACUCGAUUUUGCGAUGAUUGAUGGUCGUACUGUUCAAGCUUCCUUAAUAAGUCGUUAG